AUGGGAGGAGCCAUUAGAGCCGAAACAGACAUCAAACGGCGUGAAGAUGAAGAAUGUCGUAGGAUCUUCGGUGCAUGCUUCAACUAUGGGAAGAAGGGGCACCAAAUUGUGGAUUGUCCUGAACCCAAGAAACAAGUGACUGUGUCAAAUUCUUUUGCAGCCCAGAAUAAACUAAAGGAGAAUAAGCCCAAUGCUCGGGUGUUCUCUAUGACUCAAGAAGAGGCGGAAGAUGCAAUCGAUGUGGUGGAAGGAACCAUUCUAAUCAACAAAAUGGAUGCCUAUGUAUUGUUUGACUGUGGUGUCUCUCAUUCUUAUAUAUCUAAAAGAUUCACUAAGAAGUUAGGACUCAAAACUGAAAUACUUAGUGAACCAUAUAGAGUAGCGAUGCCCACUAAUAAGGCCAUCGAAACUCAUAAGUUGCAUCGAAACUAUCAGGUCAGUAUUGGUAAUCAUACAUUCGAAGUUGAUCUGAUUCAACUAAACAUGGUUGAGGUCGAUCCCAUCCUUGGAAUGGAUUGGUUUGCUAAGAACCACUUAUUAGUGGAUUGCCAUAUGAAGAAUGUCAAACUUCGGACUUCAAGCCAAGAAGAAAUCAUCUACCAUAGCAAGGCCAAGGAAAAGAGACUACUCCUAUCUGCAUCUCAUACUUGGAAAGCCAUGAGGAGCUGUGGUGGAAUCUAUCUAGCUAUGAUAAGUGAGGUGGAAGAGAAGACCGAGGCUAGGCUAGAAGAAAUUCUAGUCGUUCAAGAAUUCCCAGAUGUAUUUCCUGAGGAACUACAUGGCACCGUUCUAGACCAUGAAGUAAACUUUGAAAUUAAUUUGGCACCAGGUGUGACACCAAUAUCGAAGGCACCCUACCAAAUGGCCCUGGCAGAGCUCAAAGAACUAAAAGGAUAA